AUGGCACGCGGAGGCAAAUAUUUUGUUACAAGAAACGAUUCAUGUAUAGCCGCGUUUGUCGUUGAGGUGCCUUGUUUCGUUUCAGGGAGACAAUUUGGAAAGGACAGUACUGGUGGCUUCUGCGUAACAGCAACGCACACUGACUCUCCGUGUUUGCGCCUGAGGCCUCGCGCCUUUGCGGAGAAGGAAGGCUAUCAUAUGGGUAGCGUGGAGUGCUACGGCGGGGGCCUCUGGCACACGUGGUUUGAUAGGGGACUUGGCAUAGCCGGGAAGGUUGCUCUUCGCAUUGGAACGAAGGUGGAAGAAAGGCUGAUGCGCAUCUCAAAACCCCUAUUUUACUUGCCGAACCUCGCUAUACACCUGAAGACAGUUGAGGAAAUUGGGGCCUUUAAAAUCAACAAGGUAAUGCGUGCGCAUGACACAAUAAGGUUCCCACGGAACCACCGGUCGAAAACCCGUUCGCUUGUGCAGGAGCAGCACCUACAACCGAUAUUGUGUUCCGCCAUAGCCGAGCAGCUGAGCCAGAGCAGCGAAGGCGAAAAGCGUGAGAGUAAAGAUAAGGAUGAGGACCAGCGCUUGCCACCUGCGCUAGAGCGCUUAGUCACUCAAACUAUUGGGCUUCCUGGCGCAAAGCUGCUGGAUUGGGACUUUUGUCUUAUGGACUCAACGCCUAGCCGUCUCUCGGGCAUUCACUCAGAGUUUAUCGAGAGCCCGCGGCUUGACAACUUGGCCUCGACCUUUGCCGCCUUUGAGGCGCUAGUAGAGGCGAGCAGAUGCCAGAGUGAGGGCGCUCAGGGAUGCGGGGAGACAGACAUUUUGGUGGCUGUGGCGUUUGAUCACGAAGAAGUCGGAUCGGAGUCGCUUUCGGGCGCCAACUCUAACAUCCUCGAGGGUGUCGUCAUAAAAGAAAAUGCCAACCAGAGCUACGCCUCCAAUGCGUGCUCGAUGUCCUUCGUUCGCGUAAUUGCAGAAGAAGCAGAUAUUCCCCUGCAAGAUUUCGUUGUGCGUAAUGACAGCAGAUGCGGCGGAACUGUGGGGGCCAUGCUGAGUGCUCGUUUAGGGGUGCGCACAGUAGACAUCGGCAUACCCCAGUGGGCAAUGCAUUCGUGCAGGGAGAUAUGUGGUGUGACGGAUUUGAUGUACUUACAGAAACUUCUCGAGUGCUUUAAGACGGGCAUGACACUUGCGGGGAUUGUAGGCCCAGGAGCAGGCGAUGAUGGCAAUACAUUGAUUCACAGGGGUCUUUCAAUGCUACGUUGCAUCUCCUGUGCAGCCUAG